AUGUUCUCAUUGCCAUCUCCCUUUUGUUCAUUUAAGUGGCUCAAAGUAUCAAUCUAUUCAUGUAUACUCACAUAUUCAUGUGUGAUUGCAGUCAAUUUCGAUUUCAAGGUCAGCCACCUUGCUGUUGCACUGGGAUGCGCUGCGUGUGUAAGCGGUGCGCGCCUCCUGCUGCUACAGAGGUGGCAGGCCUUUGCAGAGGCCACAGACAAGUCAAAUCAGCAAGUGCUUCAGAACCUGGCGCCCUUCGAUCUGCUAUGGGUGUCUUUCCUGCCGGGCAUAAGCGAGGAAUUGCUCUUUCGUGGAGCACUCAUUCCAUCUCUGUACCCAGACUGGCGAGGUGUCGUGAUAGCUGGGAUGGGCUUUGGGAUACUGCACAACAGCGGCGGCAGGAAUUGGUCUUUUGCAGGUUGGGCAUCGGUUGUGGGGAUUGUGUAUGGGUUUGCCUUUGUCCAGACACAUGAUAUAUUGGUCCCAAUGGCUGCUCACUCGCUCGCAAAUUUGGCGUCGGCAUCCCUCUGGCUGAAUUCCCGUGGAAGACGGGGGUGA